AAUAAACACUUCAGAGACUUUCCUCGACGUUUCUAGAUAUUAUAUAAAGCUUUUGGCCAUUCCUGCUUACUCAUUACUCACGAUGGCUCCAACCAAGCUGACGUAUUUUGGACUAACGGGCCGAGGCGAGCCCAUCAGGUUCCUCCUGUCCUACGGCGGAGUGGUUUUUGAAGAUGAGCGAAUGACUUUUGAGGAGUUUCACGCCCGAAAAGAAGAAUUCCCACUCGGUCAAGUUCCUGUCCUUUCAAUUGAGGGACAGACGAUCUAUCAGACUGUCGCGAUUUGCCGAUUUCUGGCCAAACGGUUCGACCUGGUGGGCAAAGACGAAUGGGACGCUUUGAAUUGCGAUAUCGCAAUUGACACAAUCAACGACAUCGGCAUUGCAAUGCUGCCAUUCGCCACGGAGAAGGAUGAAGAAGUGAAAAAACAGAAGCGCGAAGCCGCCAUGGGAAAAAUAAACUAUUUGAUUGACAAACUCGAAAGCCAGUUGAAGAAAAAUAACGGACACUUCGUCAAGGGCCAACUUACUUUUGCCGAUUUUUACUUUGCCGGGGUUUAUUCCGCGUUCGUCUACCGGUGCGGCGAAUGGGAUUUGUUCGCCGACAAACCUCUUCUGAAGGCGUUGAAGUCGAAGGUAGAAUCCCUGCCGGCAGUUCGGGCGUAUAUUGAGAAGCGUCCGCCUGGGCGAAUCGAACCGAGCGCCGAAGAAAAUAAUAAAAUGCCCGAGACGAAGCUGACGUACUUUGGGCUGACCGGCCUGGGCGAGGGAAUUCGCUACCUGCUCACAUAUGCGGGAGUUGAUUUUGAAGAUUUGCGAAUUACCAGGGAAGAAUUUGCCACCUUGAAGGAAAAAUACCCUCUUGGGCAGGUUCCUGUUUUGGAGUUUGAAGGCAAAACUCUUUACCAAUCAAAGGCCAUUUGUCGCUUCUUGGCGAAGCGUUUCAACUUGGCCGGGAAGGACGAGUGGGACGCCCUUUGGUGUGACGUUGCAGUCGACACAAUCGCAGACGUCGGAAUGGCAAUGAUCCCGUUUGCGUCUGAAGACAAUGCCGAAGCAAAAAGUGUAAAGAAAGCAGCCGCCAUGACCAAAAUUGCUUAUCUGACGGAAAAGCUUGAAAAUCAACUGGCGAAAAACGACGGACACUUUCUCAAAGGACAACUUUCGUGGGCAGAUUUUUACUUUGCGGCGAUUUACAAUACAUUCAACUACAGAGCCGACGAAUACAUUUUCGCCAACAGGCCCAAGUUGAAGGCGUUGAAGGAAAAAAUCGACACCCUCCCUGCUAUCAGAGCUUACUUGGAAAAACGUCCUUCUGUACCAUUUUGACUUUCUAAUUGAAAUUUACUAAUAAAAGGUCAAAU